AUGACCUGCACGCCGGAGCCUUUGUUGAGAAGGCUCUCGCCGUUGGUGAUGGGAGGAGCUGGUUUCAGCUACCAGCUCCAUCCCCAUCCUGAAUCCCUACCAGUCCGCCGCAUCAUAAAAAGGGCAUUUGAUCUCGGCUUGAGAGCGAUCGAUACCUCGCCAUACUAUGAGCCCUCUGAACAAUUAAUCGGUGCAGCUCUGCGCCAUCCUGAGAUGACAUCCUCAUACAAGAGAAGCGAUUAUAUUCUUAUGACCAAAGUCGGAAGAGUGCGCGAGGACCAUUUCGACUAUUCACCAGAGUGGAUUCAAAAGUCGAUUGCACGGUCGCUGCAACGGUUCGGCACAAGUUACCUUGAUGUGGUAUUUUGCCACGAUAUUGAGUUUGUCGGCAUAGAAGAGGCCCUUCAAGCUGUUGGAACCCUCUAUGAGCUGUCGAAUUCAGGUGUCAUUUGCUGCGUGGGAAUUUCAGGUGCUGACAUCAACAUCCUUGAGGCAGUUGCGUCGCGGGCUCAUGCAAAGUUCGGUCGUGCCAUCGAUGUGAUUCAGAUCUGGGGGCAGCUCACGCUGCAAAACACUCGGCUUGAGAAAGGGGGCCUGGACGCAUUUCGAAUAGCAGGAGUCAAAGCUGUUUGCAACUCCAGUCCUCUUGGGAUCGGACUGCUCAGGAGCGGUGGAGUUCCAAUCGGCGCGCUGGGAAAUUGGCAUCCCGCCCCCCCAGAGCUUCGAGCUGUGUGCCAAAAGGCGGCUGAAUGGGUUGAGGCUGAGGGCGAUAAUCUGGCUUCUGUCGCCUUGCGGUUCUCAAUAUCCAGAGCUCAAGCAGCGUGCCGUACUGACUUUAACGUCACUACCAUCACUGGAAUCAUUUCUGAAUCCGACCUGGAAGAGAAUGUGAAGACAGCGAAACAAAUCCUCCAGACUCCUGGUGCCUCGUCCAGGGACUCGGGCACAAGACCCUUUAGCGAUUUGCUCUUCCAGUAUAGCGAUAUUGACGAGGAAGCAGUUGAACGAGAUAGACCUCUUUAUGAGGGUGUUAGGGAGAUCCUGGACCCGUGGCUUGAUUAUGACUUUUUUGGGUCGCCGAAGGCCCAGGUCCAAACACAGGUCCAGCAGGAUGGUAAGAUACCCCCUUCGAGCAUAGGACUUCCAAAUGUUGUUCCGACCGUCAACUGUUGGCCUAGUACCAAGAUGGUAGUUGUCCAGAGAUAG